GGCCGUCAGCAGGGGGAGCCGUUCUGCACCUUUUCUCUCCUCAGAAGAAGAGCUCUAACAACUUCCGUGUGUGAAGCGCGCGGCUGGCAACAGCAAACAACUUUACCCUUAGAGUUUAACAAUGAUCUUUACCUGCUAAUUCCACUAUGGAUAACAGCCCAGGAUUGCCACCUGGUGACGACCACAAUAUAGAAAUUCAGGGCUCUGUCACUGUCUGCAGCAUAGAAGUGGAGACUGAGAGCCAGGAGGAAACUGCUUUUAGCGAUGAACAAUUCUAUUGUGAGAGCUGCCAUAAACCGUAUGUGGAUCAAUGUGAGGUCCACGGUCCACCAGUGUUCACCAGUGAUUCCUACACACUCACAGGAGUCCCUCAGAGGGCUCUCCUCACUCUGCCCCAAGGUCUGGUCAUCGGCAGAUCAACGUCUCCUGGAGCAGGGCUAGGGGUUUUUAACCAGGGCCAGGCUCUUCCUGCUGGAAUGCAUUUCGGUCCUUUGGACGGAGAGCAGACCACCAAGGAAAAAGCUCUGGAGAGUGCAUUCUCUUGGGUGAUCUGCCGAGGAGGUGAUCAGUAUGACUACAUUGAUGUAGAGAGGGACACGCAUUCAAAUUGGAUGAGGUAUGUCGUCUGCUCGCAUAGUGAGAAAGAACAGAAUUUAGUGGCGUUUCAACAGAACGGGCGCAUUCUGUUCCGCUGCUGCCGACCCAUACCUCCUGGGCAGGAGCUGAAAGUGUGGUACGCGGAGGAUUACGCCAAAAGCCUCGGGAUCACCUGGGAUAAAAUCUGGGACAGGAAGUGCACACCUCUAGGAAGAACUGAUGAAGAGGCACAGGUCUUCCUCUGUCCUUACUGCCAGUACUCUUUUCCCGCUGCUUUUUAUCUGCACAGACAUAUCAGACGCUCACAUCCAGAAGAAUCCUCACAUUUUUCAGAAACUCAGGUUCUGGAGACAACAGUCUUGAACCUGGAUCAGUGUCUGCUUGCCUCUGAUGCACCACCAUCUUCUUCCCAUUCACAGACAAUUGCAGAAUCUUUCCAGAGCCAUUCUCCAACCCUCGAUGGUCAGACAGAGAAAUCCACUGCAGCUGAACUGUUCCAUGAACACAACAGUAAUUUGAGUGACUCUACAGAGCAGACUGACAGUGGUGCAACAGAGCAGAACAAAUGUGUGGAGUGCAGCAGAACAUUUUUGAGGUCAUACCAUUUAAAAAGACACCAGCGCACAAUCCACUCCAAGGAGAGGCCAUAUUGCUGUAGCCACUGCGGGAGGUGUUUUAGUCAGGCUACAGGGUUGAAAAGACACCAGCAGACCCACCAGGGUAAAAAGAACUUGGGAACAGACUCUCAACCUGCAGAGAAAGAGGGUGUGCCAAUGGCAAUCUAUCCUUGUACUGAGUGUUCGUUCUCUUUCGUGGCAAAGCUCAAUCUUUACAAACAUCUCAAACGGCACCACCAUGAACAGUACCUCAAAGUAGUAGAGAAUCGCUCUAUUAACGCAGAAACGCCAGUGCAGGUUGAAGAAAUCAUAGACAAAAAUGACCCACCGUACGAACCACCAACCAGGAAUAGAAAAUCUGCUCUGAGCCCAAACAAGCGCAAGGGUCUUCUGAAAAAGGGACCUUCUGGUCGACCUCGAGGCCGACCACCUAAAAACAAAACUACUCCAAAGCCUGUUCGGAACAAAGCUCAGGAGCAGAAUCAAAACAUGUCGAUCACAUCUGAACAGGCUACCGCAGAUUUGGAGGGAUCAGCAGAGUCGCAGAAAGCCCAGGAGGUCCAGGAGCUGCCCACAUCUUCCCACAUAUGUGGUGAGUGCCUGAGAACCUUCAGCCACUUGCAUCUUCUGAAAAGCCAUGAAUGCAUUCAGCAGGGCGAUGGCCCCCAUGGCUGCUCUCUCUGCGACCUCUACUUCAACCGCCUCUGCAACCUGCGGCGCCAUGAGCGCAACAUUCAUGCCAAAGAGAAGCCGUACUGCUGCACGCUGUGCCUCAAGUCCUUCACCCAGUUGUCCGGUCUAAAACGUCACCAGGAGAGCCACUCGCGCCUCAGCGCCCAGCGGCAAACUGCGACGCUGGCUGACGCCACCAUCCACGCCUGCAGCCACUGCCCCUUCUCCUUCACUGGCGAGCGCUACCUGCACAAGCACAUCCGGCGCCACCACCCAGAGAUGACCACCAAAUACAUCAGUCUCAGCGAGAGCACUGUGUCCUCCAAGGAGCACAGUUGCUCGCAGUGCUCCAAGACCUUUCGAACAAUUCGAGGUUUUAAGAACCACGCCUGCUUUAGGCAGGGGGACCAGCUGUACCUGUGUCCUGACUGUGGCAAAGCUUUCGGCUGGUACAACAGCCUGAAGCAGCACCAGCGCAUCCACACAGGGGUGAAACCAUACGCCUGCACCCAGUGCCAAAAGAGCUUUGUGCAUGCCGGUCAGCUAAACGUUCACAUGCGCACACACACGGGCGAGAAGCCGUUCCUCUGCGCUGAGUGCGGAGAGAGCUUCAGGCAAUCGGGCGACUUGAGGCGGCACGAGCAGAAGCAUUCAGGGGUGCGGCCGUGUCAGUGCCCCGACUGUGGGAAGAGCUUCAGCCGGCCACAGAGCCUCCGGGCACACCAGCAACUCCACAAGGGCACCAAGCUCUUCCCCUGCACACAAUGUGGGAAAAGCUUUGCCCGCAGGUACCACCUGACCCGCCAUCACCAGAAAAUGCACUCCUGACAAACCUGUGACUGUUCCAGAGGAUACACUCGAUGCCUGUAAAAGCCAGCUGUACUGUUUUUUUUGGAGCUGCUACGCAGACACUGUUACACAAUUCUGAUGUCGAGCUUUGUUGGUGCUGCUUAUGGGCAGGAGUCAAGAGUUCCAUGUAUAACACAGAUGCAUCCAUUUCAUCUGCUCUAUAUUAUUGUUUAAUGUUACUUUCUUAGGACUUUAGACACUUGGUUCAUGUUGGUGGAAAAAAGGUAAUGAGAAUGGAAGGACAUUUAUCGGUAGAACCUAAAUACAUCCCUGUUGUUUUCAGAAACAAAUGCAAUGUUUAAUUUCAUCCACAAUAAAUUAAAUUAAAUGUG